AUGAUUGAAAAUAUCAAACUUGAGAAUUUCGCAUCGGUCGCAGAAAAUAAAGAAACUUUGAGGAAUAUUGAUAACGAGUCAACAACACACGAUAAAGAAAUCGAUAAACAAACCACUUCCGAACUUCUUAAAGAAUUAUCUAAUCGUAAACCUUGUGAUUAUGAAGCAUUUAAUGCGGUCGUACACUUUAACGAAAUAAUCUUUAUCAAUAAACACGCUAAUCAAAAUGGAAACAUAGCAAAACUUCCAAACCAUCUUCGUUUUACAUCAAAAUAUAUUAAUGCCUUGCUUUUACCAAAAGUUCUCUCCAAAGUCUUUAAGUUCUCACCUUUACAAGUCGAAGAAAUUCUUUUUAGAAACAAACUAUUUGAUAGAUUUAGAUUCGAAUUACUUAAAUUAGAAUUAAUUCUUGAUCAUCAUAAAAUGUAUGAUAUAGAGAUAUUAAAAGAGCAAAAAGAAAUUACUUCAAAUUUAUUUUAUGGUGUUUUUGACGAAUAUGUAUGGUCUAAAACCUUUCCUAAGAACGCAUUUUCAAGUAAUUCAUAUGAUUUAGGAAGGUGUAUUGGAAAAUUAAAUAAUUUAGCAAAAAGUAGGAAAAGAAUGGCAACAAUUGCAAAGAAAAAAGCUGCUUGGCCGAAAGUUUAUCGGUUCAUCCCUUAUAAAAUUCCAAAUUACACUUAA